CCCACCACCACCAUCCCUCGUGUGUCACCGCAUCAGCGCCGGCUGCGCCUCGCUCGGUCAUGUCGCUGCUCAAUCCGCUGGCGUCGGCAGCGCAGGCAAGCCACUCUCCGUCGCGCGCCGACGGCAUCCCGCGUGCGCUGGAGGACGAGCUGCGCGUCUGGGGCUGCCGCCUCAUCCAGGACGCCGGCACGCUGCUGCGCCUGCCGCAGGCCGUCAUGGCCAGUGCGCAGCUGCUCUUCCAGCGUUUCUGGUAUGUCUCGAGCUUCCGCGACUUCAGCACAAGGGAGAUCGUCCCUGGCGUGCUCUUCCUCGCCUCGAAGCUCGAGGAGUCGCCGGUGCGCAUCCGCGACCUGCUCAACGUCAUGAGCUAUCUGCUGGCACGCGCCUCGCAUGCCUCUUCCAUGUCGCCGUCAUCUCGCAGUCUCGAGCUGCCGCGUGCGCCUGGCAAGCCUGCGUCAUCGCGCUUCUCGCAUGCGCCGGUGGGCUACUUUGAUGCCUCCUUCUACGAGGCAAAGGACGCACUGGUUGUGGCGGAGAUGCAGGUGCUCAAGCGGCUCGGCUUCAACACCAGCCUCUCGCUGCCGUACGCCACGCUUGUCAACUAUCUGCAGAUGCUCGGCGCCACGGGCGGCGAGCGUUGGGACGGCUUUGCGCAGAGGUGUUGGGGCACGCUGAACGAUGCGCUGCAAACGCCAGUGUACUGUCUCUUCGCCCCGCACGUCCUGGCAGCUGCGAGCAUCUACUACAACCUGCUGCACGCGCCCGGCCCUGCGGAGAAGCGGCCAGCGCUGCCGCUGGACCCGCCGUGGUGGGCGCUGCUAGACGUGACCGAGGCAGAGCUGCGCUGCGUCUGCGCCCACAUCGCAUGGCUCUACCAUCCCAGCGGCGGCGGGCGCGUGCGCGACGAGCACG